AUGGUGGUACCAUUUACUGAGGUGGAAAAGCAGGAUAUGAAGUCACGGGAAGAUGAAAAUUUUAACUUUGACAUGAGACUGCUGCGCCUAGGUGGCAUGCGGGGGAGAUGCCUGGUUCUGGGAGAGAAGUGGGAAGGGUGCCCUUCCGCUGAUGUCAGACAUGACUCCUGCCUCACUUCUGACUCGGUUUCCCCCACAGAUGUCUUUUCCCUGCCACAGGUUCACGAAUCCCAGGGCUUUGUCCCUCUUUCUGGUGCGUUUGAGUUGGCCCUGCACCUCUGGGUCCUCCAAGCCUCCGGGUCCCAGAGGGAGAAGGUGUGGGAUGGUUCUCCAGAGGCUCCCCUGCUGCCCUUGCGGCUGUGCAGCCAUGGGCAUUCAUCCGAGUCCCGAGGUGUGGCCAACGACUCGGUCAACGCCAUGGUCGACUUCUACUUCGAGCAGCUCCCCGCGUGCAUCGCAAUCCAAGACUUCCUGCGGUGCCGCCACUGCCGCCACUUUCCUCUGCUCUGAGACGCGCAGACCAAGUGCGUGGGCUACCGCGCGCUGCUGCUGGCUGUCAAGUCGGCCCCCCCCAGCCACCAACGGCGUGAGCUCCUCCGCCGCACGUGGGGGCAGGGGCUCCGCCCCUUCCUGCUGGUCCCUGGGGUCCAGCAGGAUGAGAGCGCGGGGCGGCUGGCGGCCCUGGCGGCGCUGGUGGCACUGCAGGCGCGCGAGCACAGCGACACGCUGCAGCGGGCCUUCCCCCACACCUUCCUCACCACGCUCCAGCACCUGCUCUACUGCCUGGCCGAGCGCCGGCUGCGCGCGCGCUUCCUGCUCAGCCGCUGCGACGACGGCUCCGCGCACACCGCCGACGUGCUCCGCUUCCUGCAGACGCGGCAGCCACCCGGCCGCCCCCUCCUCGUGCAGCUCCUGGCCCGCUCAGUGCCGGUCCGCGACGGCUGCAGCAAGUCCUUUGCGCCCCCGCGGCUCUACCCCGGGCAGGCCUACCGGCUCCCAGCCCCGCGCGAGGCCGCCCGCCACAGCCCGCUCUUCCCCAGGGACGCCUACAGGGGCACGUGUGUGAAGCACGCCAGCCCGGCGCCCGGCAGUCCUUCCACCCCUGCCUGCGCCGCAGCUGCGGCCUGUGCACCGCUGUGCGCCCUCGAGAUGCUGCUUACGUGGGAGGCGCUGCGCGAGCCGGGGGCCCAGUGAAGACCAGCGUCCGGCAGCGCCCUGGCACCCCCUCGCGUCAUCUGGUCCUCAGGCGUGCCCAGCUACCACUCACUCCGACGGCUCUUCAGGCUCUUGCGCCCCACAGCCGCGAGGGGGCGCUCCUCGCACACCGUUUCUGCGGGGAGGCAGGCGGCGGCGUCCUGGAUCGGUGAAAUUCUGGGUCACGGGGGCGGUGCUCCCAACACCGUUACCCCACCAGUGCUAAUUGACAAAGACCACAUGAGCAGAGAAGACGACGGGCUUGUCUCACAAACGCGCUUGCGAAAUCCUACAUAAAAUACCAACAGACGGAGCGUGACAACAUGUAAAAAAGGUAAAUGUAUCAGCAUCUGGAUGGGUUUAUCCCAGAAAUUCCAGGUGGGUUUAUUUAGCAUUAGAAAAGCAAUCGCGGUGAAUGGAUAGAAAAGGAAGAUCUGUCAGUGUGGCACUCAGAUCAAGAGAAAUGUAUCUCUGGUGCAGGAGAAAAAAAAAUGGAUAAAAUUCAACACCCAUUUGUGACUCACUCACUCCCUUCCUUCUUUCCUCUCCCUCCUUCUCGCCCUCUCUUCCUUCCUUCCUUUCUUUCUUCUUCUUUUUUUUUUUUUUUUUAAGAUACAGAGAGAGAGCAUGAGCUGGGGAGGGGCAGAAGGAGAGGGAGAGAGAAUCUCAAGUCAGGUCGGUGCUCAGCAGGGAGCAGUGAUGGGACUGGAUCUCUCCAUCCUGAGAUCAUGACUCAAGCCCAUAUCAAGAGUCCGUCACUUAAUGAGCAACCCAGGUACCCCAGCCAUUCAUGACUUUAAAAAAAAAAUUGUUUUUUUCUUUGUAAAAGGUGAAAGCAUUUGAAAGCAUUUCCUUUAAGAUUUGGAACAAGAUGGGGCGCCUGGGUGGCUCAGUCCUUAAGCGUCUGCCUUCAGCUCAGGUCAUGAUCCCAGAGUCCUGGGACCGAGCCCCGCAUCAUGCUCCCUGCUCAGCAUGGAGCCUGCUUCUCCCUCUCCCACUCCCCUUGCUUGUGUUCACUCUCUCACUGUGUCUCUCUCUGUCAAAUGAAUAAAUAAAAUCUUAAAAAAAAAAAAGAUUUGGAACAAGAUUAGAUGUGCCCACCAUCACUUCUGUUCUACAUUGUUCAAGACGUGAGAGCACAGCAGGAAGACAAGAUAAAAAUUCAAAGAUAUAAUGACUUGAAAACAGAAAGAAAACAAUCAAAACCUCAGAGAUCUGCAACCCUAUCUGCAAUUUCCCGUCUCUAUAACAAACUAAUGCCAUACUCCUUAUCUGAAGUGAAAUUUGUGCAUAAUUUAAUCUCUCAUGAAUAUAUUUUCAAAAA